CUUUUUAGUGUUGGUUAAAGUCCAGUUCGUGACUCUAGUCGUGGUACUGUGCUAGACUGCGGGGAGGGGAAGGGGGAAUCGGCGACCUGUUAAGGAGGGAUUUCGUGACGCCGGUCGCGGAGGAUGGUGGUGGAGCCAGUGGGUCCGGCUCCGUGUGGAGACCCCGAACCGGGGCCCGUCCGGAAUACCUACUCGACCGUCGGCCGGUUGGCGGGACUAUCGGAGGACCGGGUGUCAGCUCACACUCAUCAGUGGGUAGGUCGAACGAGGGAAGAAUUAUGAUGGACGGGUUUUUCGUCCGGGACGAACGGCAUUCGAGACAUAUCAUUGUGGUUCUUUGUCAGGCGCACAGAAGCCUGGUCUUCCGUCGAGUCCAACACAUCAGCGCACGAAAAUCCCAGACAGCGCAAUGGCUCCCUCGCGUCACAGGCAUGUCGAUGUAAGUGCCAGUCACCGUCAGCUGCCUGCGCCCCUGUCCGAGACACCUAUCCGCCAAACAUAUGGAUCCGCAAUCGUCACAAACCCGGAUGUGAGAGCCGGCGCCCGUGGACAUCGAAGCCCGAAGAAGCCCCCCCUGCCAAUUCAGAUUUACCCCCAAUGCAGCUAUCAUGAUUCUCACCAAUCCUUGGGGGUUGCUGCGGAAGAGGGUCUCACACGAUUCUGGCACCGAGUCGACGGGUCUCGAGUCCUGACGCCAAGGGUCUGGCGGAGCCCCAGCCACCCGUCGUCGUUCACCAGCCACGCCAUUUUCAACGCUACCUGUCCACCAAUCAGAACGCGCAAAUUCAUCCCAACCUCUCCCUCGUCAACUUUCUUUCCAGGGCAGCCAAUCCGAGUUGGACGGACAACGAACAGGGAACACCACGUAGCGGCACCGCGGAACAACGGCCAUUGAUUGCUGUUCGUCCAACGCAGGAAAAAAAAUGGAAAAACAUCUCGAUGUUGAUGUCCCUUCAUUUCCAC